UCUGCAUAUGUUUCACACUUCUCCCUUUGGUCUUCCCCAGUAGCGCAGACUCUCAAAGUUCGUCCUCCCUCCCUCAUUUCGAGAAUGGCGAAAGUUUUAGGAUUUCUGGUACUGGCAUUGUCCACAUUGAUCUGUGAAGCGGCAAUCUUCAAACCAAUCUCCGAUUCUCACCGAUCUGCUGCAUUGGAGUUGUUUAAUCCUGUUCAUGGAUCUUUGUCGAGUCUGGAAGAAACAUACGAGGCCUUAAGGACCUUUGAGGUUCUUGGAAUUAAGAAACAGCCUGACCAAAGGGCUGCUACAUGUGGGACGGUGGUGGACACUUUGUCAUCUCCUUCUUCAGCAUUGAAAGAUCUGUUCCAGGCAUUAAGAGUUAAUGGGUUAUUGAACUGCGAGCUUAACAAGAAGACAUUUGCAGGCGUAGCCCCAAGACUUAAGGAUGCUGUUAAAAGUGCCAGCUCACUUCUUGACUACUACUACUCAGUUGGAAGUUUAGUUCUUAUCAAGGGCCUAAGUUCUGACGUGGAUGUACAUCUUGAAAGUGCCGAUUCAGUUGUCCGUGCCAUAAAGGCUCUUAGCCAAAGUGAUGGAAGGUGGCGUUAUAGCUCCAACAAUCCUGAGUCUAGCACUUAUGCUGCAGGAAUUGCACUUGAGAGCCUGGCUGGUGUCAUUUCAUUAGCUUCUUCUGAGAUUGAUCAAUCUUUGAUUAGCAUGGUGAAAAAUGAUAUAUCGAAGCUGCUCGAUGGUCUGGAGAAAUAUGAUGAUGGAGCCUAUUACUUUGAUGACAAAAUUGUUGAUGCUCAUGGACAUCAGGGUCCCCUCUCAGCUUCAUCAGCUGUAGUGCGUGGGAUUACAGCUUUUGCUGCAGUGUCUACUGAAAACUUAAAUCUUCCAGGUGACAAAAUUUUAGGUUUGGCAAGGUUUCUCCUUGGUGUUGGAGUUCCUGGAAAUGCAAAGGACUUGUAUCAUCAAAUUGAAGCAUUGGCUUCCUUGGAAAACAAUAGGGUCUCCAUUCCAUUGAUUUUAUCACUCCCUACCAGUGUGCUUUCGUUGACUAGAAAGGACCAGCUUAAGGUAAACGUAAACACUGUUUUGGGGGCUGCUGCACCUUCUCUGACAGUCAAACUCAAGCAGAUUUUCAGCUCUGGUUCAAAGGAUGCCUCUGUUAUUGAUCAGGAUCUCAAAUUUGACCAUAAAAAUGCCGUGCAUUACUUGGAUGCUUUGCCCAAAGACAUUGAUGUUGGCAGUUACAUUUUCAGUUUUGAGAUUGUUCUUCAUGAUUCAGAGCUUAAAAUGAUCCAUGCUACUGGAGGAAGAACAAAAGUACCCAUAUACGUCACAGGAGUUAUUAAAGUUGAUAAUGCAGAGAUUUCUGUUCUUGAUGGUGAUCUUGGUAAUACUGAAACUCGUAAAAAGCUUGAUUUGGUUGGAGAGAACUCCUUCUCUUUAUCAGCAAACCAUCUUCAAAAACUACGGUUGUCUUUUCAAUUAACUUCUCCUCUUGGGCAUGCUUUGAAGCCACACCAGGCUUUCCUCAAGUUGAGUCAUGAGAGCAAGGUGGAGCAUAUCUUUAUGGUGGGGAAUUCUGGAAAACAAUUCGAAAUAAUACUAGAUUUCCUCGGACUUGUUGAAAAGUUUUUCUAUCUAUCGGGUAGAUAUGAUAUUCAACUUACUGUUGGAGAUGCUGUAAUGGAGAACUCAUUCUUGCAACCCUUGGGUUCUGUUGAAUUAGAUUUGCCUGAUCCUCCAGAGAAGGCAGCACGCCCACCUCCUCAGGCUGUUGACCCUUCCUCAAGAUUUGGGCCCAAGGCAGAAAUAGCUCACAUUUUCAGGGCUCCAGAGAAAAGACCUCCGAGGAACCUUUCUUAUGCAUUUCUAGCCCUUGUUCUUUUGCCAUUUGUUGGAUUUUUGGUUGGGCUUUUGAGACUGCGUGUGAACCUGAAGAACUUCCCAACAUCAUCAGCACCUGCAACAUUUGCCAUUCUUUUCCACCUUGCCAUUGCAGCUGUUCUAUCACUUUAUCUUCUGUUCUGGUUGAAGUUGAAUCUGUUCACAACACUGAAAGCGCUUGGAUUCUUAGGAAUCUUCUUACUGAUUGUUGGACACAGAACCCUUUCACAUCUGGCGUCAACAUCUGCCAAGUUGAAAUCUGCUUGAUUUAGAUAGAUAGAUUUCGUUAACCUAUAAAUGUGAGGAAGCAGGGUUCUUCUAGAGAAAGAGGAUCAGACAUAUUCAUAUCUUUUUUGUAGGACAAAUUAUUUAUGACACAAGUGUAUCGGAUAUUUAGUCCACAGUUAAUGGUGAAAAAUUCAAUUUUUGCUGUUUC